CUUCGUCUGGAUACACCGCAGGCAGCACAGCUUCUCAUACCCAGGCUUCUUCCACUUCGCAAUCAAAUUCCCAUCCCCGUACCCUUGCUUCAGCAGGUACUCAUACAGCUCCUUCGAAAUCGUCUCUCGCUUGUAGUACAAGUCAUAGAUAUACCGGGACCGCUGAUGGUGUAUUUGGAAGAUCGGAGCCAGUGUCCCAGUCUUCGACUUGUUCUCAUGCGGCGCAUUCUCCACUGCAACAAUGCGUUAGCUCCAUUUGCUCAUGCGCUGCCACCUACCGUCCUUCAUCUUUUGUGCAAAGUCCUCCAGCAUGGGCUCCACAUCCUCAAACCCUGCUGGCGGGCGCUUCGCUCUGUUCGUUCUUAUUCUCGGCAUCUCACCUCACUCAGGCUCACUGUGAGUCUGUGUCUCUGUGGUGUGUUUGUCGUCGUGUUUUCAAUUGUAGAACUACAAGUACACCUGACAAGAACUGACACCGAUGCUUCAUGUCAAAGCGCAUAGCAGCCACGAGCAAACGCAGCAGCUAUCUCCAUGAAGCAGACGCCUGUGUUGUGCUAGAAAUCACAGACGACACCCUCCUCGCCGGCUUCUCUGGCGAACAUGCACCCCGCUGCCGUAUACCACUGCCAUCUCUAAGCACUGCAGACUUAGGUCUCUGCGAGGAUAUGCUUGAACGUGCACUCAGACAAGCACUCAACCGCUUCCUCUACAUCGAGCUCAAAAAUAAACGCGUUAUGCUCGUGGAACAGCAUUUCCUCUGCAUCAAGCUCAAGCAAGUGAUUGCCCGCGUCCUCUUCACCUACCAGCAAGCACGCGAGCUUCAAUUCAUGAGUGGAAGCGUCUGCAGCUGCUUGGCACUCGGACUGCAACAAGCACUUGUUGUAUCGCUGGAUGCACGAGAAGUCACCGUCGUCCCGGUCUUUGACAGUCGUCCUCUCAACAAGUACGUGCGUACCACCAUCCUGGCAGGGGAUGCGCUGGCCCAACGCGCGCGCUACCUCUUACAAACCUACAGCGACUGCAGUGACCCAACAGCUGCAGACAUCGCCGACUUUCUUGCCCGUGCGGCAGUGUGUCUGGCUGCGUCGCCCAUCACUGCAGACCUCCCAGACAUCAUCGCACACAACGACCUCGAACGUCUCUACAAACAGCAUGCGCCACCCACCUCACUCGCCUGGACACAACCUUCCUCCCAACAUCGCUGCACGAUCCCUCAAUGGAUCCGCUUUGCGUGCGUUGAGGUCCUCUUUGAGGGACGUAGCAGGUAUGCCGAUUUUGACGAGACCGCCCUCCCCCAACUCAUCCAGCAAGCCUAUCGCGCAUGUCCCAUUGAUGUGCGUGCACAACUCACCACCCUCGUUCUGACAGGUUCAGCAAGUCAAAUACGAGGUCUCCCACAACGCCUUGCAAAAGAAACACAAUACAAUGUGGCUGAUUCAGUGUAUGGCAAUGAAGUCGCGUGGGCGGGUGCGAGUCUUGCGGCAAGCAUACAGGUGGAAGGUCCAGCACUCCUCAUGACGGCCUUUAAUGCAGAUCGUCGAGUGCCAGACUGGAGUCGAUGAGCUGAUUUUGUGACUGUGAACCGAUCAACGACGUCACCUGCAGGCUGCACCAAGCCAUCCCACGAGGGUCAAAAGCUCAAAGAGA